AACUAACUCACCCCUCCUUCCGUUCCUUCUUCACUUCCAUUGACAGUCUACACAGGGUAGAUUAUUUUCAAGUAUUGUACUUACACAGUCAUCUCCAUCUCAACUCUCCCUCAAGAUCAUCACCCAAUCCAGAUCCCAGAAUUAUCCCCCCCCCCGAACUCAAACAUACACUAGUCCACCUUAUCAGCUACAUACACCACACAACAUAAACUAGCAGCCCUCCACCACCACCAUAACCACCGUUACCAACAGUACCUACAAUCCAACCCAAAAUGGGCGACAACACCCUCUUCUUCUACGGAACCCUAAUGUCCCCCCAAAUCCUCCACCGAGUGAUUCACGGCCACGCCACGCCGGAACCCUGGCAACGAGCGUACCUCACCAUCCAGCCCGCGGUCCUCCCCAACUACCGGCGGCACCGGGUGCGGCACGCCGAUUAUCCGGGAAUUGUGGCCGUGGCCGUCGGCUCUGGGGGAGGGUCGUCAGGCGGGGGCAUAGGGGUAGGGGAGGGGGAGGGAGUUGGGAAGGAAGGCGUGGCAGCAGCGGAUUCACUUCCCAGGGACGCGGGUAAAGCUGAAGCUGACGCGGAUGCAAGCUCCGCCUCCGUGCUGGGGACGUUGGUAACGGGGUUGACGGAGGGGGAUGUUUAUCGGUUGGAUUUGUUUGAGGGGGAUGAAUAUACUAAGGUGAAGGUUAGGGUUAAGGUUAUGGGGAAGGGGCAGGGGAAGGGGCAGGGGAAGGGGAGGGGGAAGGGGGCUAAUGGGGUUGGGGAUGAGAAGGAGGAGGAGGAGGAGGAUGUACGGGUGGGGUUGGAGGGGCUGGAGACUACUGCUGCUACUGUACCUGACGGGGUAGAAGAAGAGGUCGAGGCGUUGACGUAUGUCUGGACAGCCGGGAGGGAGCGGUUGGAGGAUGCCGAGUGGGAUUUCGAGGCCUUCAAGAGGGAUAAGAUGGCUUGGUGGGUCGAGGCGGAUGAGCGGGAUUGGUGACACGCCCAAGGACCUUAGAUGUACACACUGCAAUAUAGAAAAGUCGAUCUAUCUGUAUCUUCUGUUCGAACCAUAAUCAUAAGUCAU